AUUUGAGAUUAAUCUGUUGAUAGUGUCUAAAAAGGUGAACAAUAUUCCUAUUGGUUCCUUCACAUACUUCAUGCGAGCACGUACUGAUGAAUUGCGGCUCUCAAACGGAACUGGCCCCUGCUCUGGGAGAGUGGAAAUAAAACAUAAAGGGCAGUGGGGAACUGUGUGUGAUGGUGACUGGACUAUACAAGAUGCUGAGGUUGUUUGCAAGCAAGUACAAUGUGGAUCCGCUGUUCAGGCCCUUAAUCGAGCUCCUUUUGGAGAAGGAACUGGGCCAACAUGGUUGUAUCGACUUGAUUGCCAGGGUGAUGAAUCUGCUCUCUGGAACUGCACACAUGCAGGAUGGGAUGCUUUUACCUGCCCCCAUUACUUUGAUGUCGGGGUGGCCUGCUCAGGCUAUGGUGGGUACAGGCUGGCAAAUGGCAGUACCGCAUGUUCAGGGAGAGUAGAGCUUCUUCAUGGAGGCACAUGGGGAACCCUGUGUGACUACCUGUGGGAUUUACCAGCCGCCGAUAUCCUCUGUCAGCAGCUAGACUGUGGAUUUGCCCUACUGAUACCUGGUGGACAGUCUUUUGGACAAGGAAAUGGAACAGUCUGGAAUGGCACAUUCAGUUGCAACAAGAAUGACUCAUCCCUGAGAGACUGCCCUGUGAGUGCACUAGGUCAUGAUGAAUGCCCUGCUGAAAAAGAUGCUCGUGUCAUAUGUUCAGGGUGCCCAGGGGGCAGGCUGGUGAAUGGCACCACAUGCUCUGGCAUAGUGGAGAUCCGCCAUGGAGACACAUGGGGAAGACUCUGCCAGUCCCACUGGAAUUUGCGAGCUGCCACCGUUCUCUGCCAUCAGCUGAACUGUGGCUAUGCAAAGUCAAUCCAGAUGGAAGACCAUUUUGUGGAUGGAAAUGGACCUAUAUGGAGAGAUGCUUUUCACUGUGAAGGGACAGAGUCCUGCCUGUGGGAUUGUCCUCAACUGACUUUGGGCAAUCCAGCAUGUUCAGCCAAAGAAGUAGCCACUGUAAUUUGCUCAGGUCUUGCUGAAUCACUCAGACUCUCAGGUGGUGAGAGCCGCUGUGAUGGUCGAGUUGAGAUCUCACUCCAUGGUGUGUGGACCAGAGUCCUGGAUGAUGACUGGAACAUUAAGGAUGCUCAUGUGGUAUGCAGACAUCUCCAGUGCGGAAUUGCUGAGAAAGCCUAUUACCUCCCAAGGUCUGAGCGAGGUAUGGGUCUUGUUGGCUUAAGGAAUGUCCAGUGUACUGGAAAUGAGACACAGCUGAUACUCUGCAAGACCUCCCAUUCUCAGACCAUGUCAACGGGAGUUUCUGAAGAUGUUGGUGUGAUUUGUUCAGGUAGCAGACAGAUCAGGCUGGUGAAUGGAACAAAGCGCUGUGCUGGGAGAGUAGAGCUUUAUCAUGAUGGCAUCUGGGGCACCGUCUGUGAUGAUAACUGGGAUCUAUCAGAUGCUAAUGUUGUUUGCAAACAGCUGGGAUGUGGACAUGCCAUUGAGGCAUUUGCCUCUGCUCAUUAUGGCGAAGGUUUGGGACAAAUCUGGCUGGAUGAUGUGAAUUGCACUGGGGCUGAAUCUGAUCUCUGGGCAUGCCCCUCUAGGGCAUGGGGCCAGCACAACUGUCAACAUAAAGAGGAUGCUGGAGUCCUGUGCUCAGAGUUCCUGGCUCUGAGGCUGGUGAACGGCAGUGACUGUGCUGGGCGUCUAGAAGUUUUCUACAAUGGGACAUGGGGGAGUAUUUGCUCCAAUCAUAUGUCUCAACUCACUGCAAUAACUGUAUGCAAACACCUGAACUGUGGAGAUGGAGGAGCAAUUGCAACAGACUUCAAAUAUGGUAGAGGUUUCGGGCCAACAUGGCUGGACCACAUCAAGUGUACUAAGCAGCACAGCUCGUUUUGGCAAUGUCAGUCAGACCCAUGGGAUCCUCAAUCAUGUAACAACCGAGCAGAAGAGACCCAUAUUUCUUGCACUGAGAAGUUACAACUCACAGGAGGAGAGGAUAGAUGUUCAGGGAGAGUGGAGAUUUGGCACCAAGGUUCCUGGGGAACAGUCUGUGAUGAUGCCUGGGACAUGGCAGAUGCUGAUGUUGUAUGCAGGCAGCUGGGCUGUGGAUCUGCGGUGUCUGCUCUGAGUGAAGCUGCCUUCGGGGAAGGGACUGGUCCCAUCUGGCUGGAGAAGGUGCACUGUAAAGGAACAGAGCUGUCUCUUUGGGACUGUCCUGCCAAGCUUUUGCUUGACAAAAACUGUGAUCAUAAGGAAGAUGCUGCUGUGAAUUGCUCUGGUUAG